AUGAAAAUCAAUUAUUUACUUCUCAUCACAUUCAUCUUAUCUCCUGUCUUCUCUGCUAAUGAGGAGUAUUCAGCACGCAAAUCCUUUCAUGAUCGAUUAUGUGCAAAGCGACCUACGCUUAAGUCAUGUCUGAAGCCUUUCACAGAAAGUGAUUAUCAGAAGGAAAAAGAACAGUUUGCUCAGUUUAAGACCGUCCUGACUGAGAACAAGACUUCUUCGAGAAAUGGUCGAAAAAGGGCUGUGUGGUCUUCAGAGGAAGACGAAGAUUACGAAUAUUACAUGUGGAGGAAGUAUCAGCGAGAAAAAUAUAAAAGACGAUAUGGAACAAGACCCUCAUCUGACGAAACAGUAAGACAUGUGCACUAUCAUCAACCUUCAUACCAUCAGAACUACAAUAACUAUAACAGAUACCCUCACCAGUACUAUAAUCAAGGGUAUUAUUCGUACCCAUCAUACUCUUAUCCGAGUUACGGAUACGGCUAUCCCAGCUAUGGCGGAUACGGAGGAGGAUAUGGUGGUGGCGGGCUCUUCAAUAUGGGAUUUGGUCGUCAACUGGGCAUUAUGACUCCAAUUGGAGGUUUUGGACUUUCAAGUGGUUUCGGCAUUGGCAUUGGAAAUGCAAUGCAUCCUGGUGAACAGAUUACAUUGGCAUUCGGCAUCUUCACCUUAGCUAUGACAAUAUCAAUCAUCUUCUAUUAUAAAGUUUGCAAAAAAAAUCCGUAUGCCAAUUCAACGUCGCUGCUUGUCACCCAUGUACCGUCAAAACGAAAAAAUCAAAAGCGGAUCUUUUAA